GAGAAACCUGGGACCAUGAGGAGCAGCCUGACACUGGUGGGGACCCUCUGGGCCUUCCUGUCCCUUGUUACUGCUGUGGCCAGUUCUACCAGUUACUUCCUGCCUUACUGGCUCUUUGGAUCCCAGCUGGGGAAGCCAGUGUCAUUCAGCACAUUCCGGAGGUGCAACUACCCUGUGCGGGGAGAGGGGCACAGUCUGAUCAUGGUGGAAGAGUGUGGGCGCUAUGCCAGCUUCAGUGCCAUCCCAAGCCUGGCCUGGCAGAUGUGCACGGUGGUGACAGGUGCCGGCUGUGCUCUGCUGCUCCUCGUGGCACUGGCUGCUGUCCUGGGCUGCUGCAUGGAGGAGCUCAUCUCCAGAAUGAUGGGACGUUGCAUGGGAGCAGCACAGUUCGUGGGAGGGCUGCUGAUAAGCUCGGGCUGUGCAUUAUACCCCUUAGGAUGGAAUAGCCCGGAGAUAAUGCAAACAUGUGGGAAUGUCUCCAAUCAAUUUCGGUUAGGUACCUGUCGGCUUGGCUGGGCCUAUUACUGUGCUGGAGGUGGAGCAGCUGCAGCCAUGUUGAUCUGCACCUGGCUCUCUUGCUUUGCUGGAAGAAACCCCAAGCCUGUCAUGUUGGCAGAAAGCAUCAUGAGGAACACCAAUUCUUAUGCCAUGGAGCUUGACCAUUGCCUCAAAUCUUGA